AUGAAGAGCAUUCCUAUAUAAAAAGCUUAAUCUGAAAUUAAUGAUUAUAUUGAAAAAACAAAAUAAUCUGUUCAAGCUUAAAAAUAAAUUGUAGAUAUUCUGGAUGCUCAACUUGACUAAUUAUAUAAAUUGUAGAAUAUUAGAAAUUAAAUCGAUUAAACAUCUGAUUAUACUUAGAAUAUGAUUACCGAACUAAAAAAUUAGGAAAAAGAGUUAGAGGGGAUUUCUUAAGAAUAAGAUGAAUUGAUAUAAACACUAGAAAAAGCAGUUACAAAUGAAAAGUAUGUAGAUUAAGAAGCUGCUCGAUUGUAGCAAUAUGAAAAUACAUUAAUAUAGAGGAUGUCUAAUUAUAUAUAAGAAGUAUUAUAUAAAAUUAACUAAAUAGAUAAAAAGCGGCUAAAACACAAGCUUAAACUUAUUAUAAAAUUAUUUUUUUGUUUUAGAUAACCAUUCCUAAAAAUGA